AUGAGAGGUGCCAUGCGAGUCUCAUUCAUGUUCCUUCUGCUGACUAUGUCGGACUGUGCCGUGAUCACUGGGGCCUGUGAGAGGGAUGUCCAGUGUGGGGCGGGCUCCUGCUGUGCAAUCAGCCUGUGGCUGCGUGGGAUUCGGAUGUGCACCCCGCUGGGGCGGGAAGGAGAAGAGUGUCACCCCAGCAGCCAUAAGGUCCCCUUCUUCAGGAAACGCCAGCACCACACCUGUCCCUGCCUGCCCAACCUGCUGUGCUCCAGGUGCCCGGAUGGCAGGUACCGCUGCUCCACGGACCUGAAGAACAUCAGCUUCUAGGAGCUCAUCUGUUGUCGGGACACACACGGGGCCUCUGCCUGAGUCCCGCCUGGGCUCGCCUCAGAGGGUGUUUCAUUUCUGCUACAUGGCCCAGCCCAUCGCUGCCCCGUCCCCCCGCCCCAGACGGUCCUCCUCGGUCCCUCUUCCCUACACACCUACGUGCGUGCAGCACACGGGGUCCCAGCUCUGGGCUGUGGUCUGAGAGGCGCCCCGACUGGUUCUCUUCCCCUUCUAGCUGCCUGAGGGCUUGUAAGUACCAGGAAGCGGAAUUCUUUCCCUUGACCCCCGCCUCACUCACUGACGUGACUGGUCUUCCUCCCUGGGCCCGUCUCUUCCCCUUCCUGCAUGUGCUCUUCUGCCCAAAUCCCACAUUCCCCAGACCCUGCCCACACUUGGCCCCGUCUACUGGGUGUAUGUAUUGGGUGUACUGCUCCGAGGGACAGGUCCUGGGCUGAGCCUUUCCAUGAGGUCGGUGAGGGGCAACCGGGCAGUUGCUUGUCUUCCUUUGAUUGACUAAGUCCUCAGUUUUAGGCCAUGGGCCCCAGGUCAGCCCUUCAGGGUGGGGUGCGGAGGUGCAGCAGGCAGUGACCUCAUGGCAGGUGGGGGGAGCCCACCCACUAGGCCAGAACUGCAUUGCCUCCGAGGCCCCUCCCCGCACACUUUACUCGUUAACCAAUGAAGCCCCCGGUUCCCACGACCUCCCUGUAGAAUGCAAGUGAGGGCAGCUUAAUCUAAUCGGCCACGAAAGUUUAGGAAGCAGCUCCUUUCUGAGGUCCUGGGAGCAAGUCUGUGACCUUGA